AUGGCGGUCUUUGUCACAGCAAUGUUUGCGGCUGUGCUAUGGGCAUGGUUGGGAGGUGGAGCAGCGUCACGAUCGUUCCACGAACACUUUGCCGCUGCCGAAAAGGAAGAGGUGUUUCUGACGGAACUCGAGGAAAACCUCGAUUGCAUCACCGAUGAUGACAAGGAGGUGGCUGAUGAGCAUACAGAUGGAGCUAGAAAAGAGGACUUUGUGACAAUUCCACUGUGA